AUGCGUACAAAACAACAGCUCUCUGCUGCUCCUGAGCACACCAAGAAGAUGUCGCGCAAAGCCGCGGCCAACGAGUAUUCCGCAGGCUCAAAAGCAACCAGCCGAGUGGCUUCUCCUAACGGGUCGUCUCGCCAUUCUUCUCGUAACCCAAGUCGAAUUCCCUCUGAGAACGAAGAUACAGACCUCGACAGCCUCCUCGACUUCACCGACGAUGAGGUCAACAACGAAUUCUGGGAACAAGAAUUCUCAGACGUCAUCACGAAUAUCGUGGACCGCAAGCGGAGCAGCGUCCAGGGCCGUGAAGAAGCCUACACUGCCUUCGGCCGACUGUCCAAGUUCCACUACGUGCACGACGAGUUGUAUGGCCGCGUCGGCGAACUUACCGCCGCUUUCUGUAAGAGCAUCAAGCAGGAGUCAAGUGUACGUGAAACGACACUGGCUCUCCGAGCCCUUGAGCUUCUUGCACUCAGCGGCAACGACAACACGGUCUACGAGAACGUAGAACCGGUUCUUACUCGCGCCAUUCGCGACUCAUCAUCCAACCUUGUCAAGUCGUCCGCCAUUCGUUGUCUGGGCUCGUGUGCGGUCUUCGCAGGCGCCGGCGAGGAUGGCAUGUUGGACCAGAUGAACUUUUUCCUCGACAUUGUCGCUUCUUACGGAGAAUCGAUCGGUGCCAGUCAUGAUACGGACUGCACCGAAGCUGCUUUCUCAGAAUGGGGCCAUCUGGCCACCCACAUCUGGGACCUCUCUGCAGAAAGUGAGGAGGCGAUCGAAAUCUUCGCCGAGCAGUUGGGUGGUAACGACACCGGUGUGCAGAUUGCCGCCGGCGAGAACAUCGCCCUUCUCUAUGAAAAGAGCUUUAGUCCCCGAGCUAACUUUGGCGAGGACUCGGAGGAGGACGACGAAGAUUACGAGGCCGAAGAGGACGAGAAGAACGAUGAGGACGAAGCCGAGGAAGCCCUUCUCAACUACGAAGGCCCCCGGCUCGUCCAACGAUACGAACCAUACCACGACACCCCAGAGAUCCUCAAUCUCCUGAAGUCUCUGGCCACGGCACACUCCAAGAAGAUCAGCAAGAAAGACAAGAAGUCUCUUCACAUGAACUUCAUCUCGAUCUACACAUCCGUGGAGGACGCCCGCCGUGGGCCAAUGUACAACACGGCCAUCAACUACAACACCAAUCGCCACUUCGGAAGCAAAACCAGAGUGAAGAUUGGCCGUGAUGGCGUCGUGGUCAUUGACCGGUGGUGGAAAUGGAUUCGCCUCAACAAGCUCCGCCGUCUCCUCCUGGGUGGCUUCUACGUCCACUUCAACGAGGGUAACCAGACUGUCCUGGACAGCCUGCCUCUUGCCGUUAUUCGGUUGGAUUCUGAUACCGGGACUGGCCAGUGGAAGACGGACAAGGGCAGGAAGCCCCGGGAUACCCGUCGUUUUGCCAUUCACCACGACGAGGACGCGGAGUAA